AUGGCCCUGGUGCUCGAGUGGCUAGAGCACCACCAGGACGAGGACAUCGAAGAGAAGACGGUGGCUGAUGAUGAUGGUCCUUUCAGGGAGCGACCGUUGCCGGAGUGGGACGCCGCCUUCUUCGGCCGAGUCGGCUCUGGCUGGGCGGAGCUCGCCCCGCUGAUCGAGGCCGCCAGCUACCUGAACAUCGACCGCCUGGUGAAGUACACGGCGAAGGCGAUCGCCGACCAGAUGAGCGGCAUGAGCACGGAGCAGAUGCGCGCCUACGCCGGCAUCCAGGUGACCGAAGAGGAAGUGGCCGCUCUGGAGAAGUGGGUAGACAUGGACAUGUCCGGUGAUCAACUGGUGGACAUCAACUCGCAGAACUCGGACAACGGCGUCGAGUAA